CUCCCCUCUCCCAUUCUCUCCUUUUCCUCCACACUUCUCUUCCUCCUCCGACUCCGCCCCAACCCGCCUCGUCGCCGGGGAGCCCUAGCACGGGCGCCGCCGCCGCCGACCUCCCGCCAUGGCGCGGCCGACGCAGGAGGCGAUCGACACCUUCGUCGGCAUCACCGGCGCCGACGAGGCCGUCGCCGUCCGCAAGCUCGAGGAACAUAGUGGUGACCUAAAUGAAGCUGUGAAUGCAUACUUCAAUGAGGGAGAUAGGUCCACCACCGUAAUCAAUCGGAAUCCUAUAGCUCACAAUUAUGACGAUAUGAUGGAUCUGGACGAACCAUUUGAUCCCACAUUUGGCAGGCCUUUGGGCAAUCCUUUUGAUAUCCUGGACCCAGGUUUUGCUGAGAGAGCUGCUGCUGGUUUCUUUGGCCGGGGACCUCAGGUUACGCAUCCCAGGGAGGUGCGACAGAUACCUAUUGAAGUUAAAGACGAUAAUCCUCAUACAGGUAGUUCUGGUCAGGGUCCUGUUAUUGAAGAUGUUACUGGACGUGAGUCUUCAUAUGGUCCGGAGGUUCAUGGCACUGUUGUUGUUGAUGAAGAUGAUGAUGAUGAUGACUUGCUGCCUGCCCAUGCUCCUAAUAUCCAAAGAAAUACUUCAGGAACAUACUAUUCUGCACCAAGUGCUCCUCCAUUGACCGAUGUUAAUGACUAUAACAAUGACAUAGAAGAGGAGAUGAUCCGUGCAGCAAUUGAAGCAUCAAAAAGAGACACGGAAGGACCAACAAAUGCAGCAGAGCGAGAGAGAGUUCUGCGCCAAGAGGGAAUGCCUGUGGUUGAUAAUUCUUCUGAUUUAUCUGAUAAGGAGGACAUUGAAGGAGCAAGUGAAGCAGUUGAAAGGCAAGGACUAACCGCAGGGAAAGUUGGAACUUCUAGGCAAUCAGUAGGCGCGGAGAACUCCCAAGAUGACAUUGAAGAUUUUGAGGAAGAACCUUUAGUUAGACAGCGUUCUAGGCGUGCACUAUCUAGAAAUUCUGAGCCAGCAGAAGCAGUGCAAAGGACUGACAGUCCUCCUUCAAGCCCUCAACCUCAUGGCACCGAAAGUGUUUACGCACACCAUGGAGGUUUCCCCCCAGAGGAGUGGGGUCUCAUUUCUAAUGAAGAGCAUGACGAAGCUGUUAUGCUGGAGGCUGCAAUGUUUGGUGGGAUUCCUGAACACACAGCAUUUCAAUUUCCCCGCCCAUCUCAUGGAAUCUCAACUAGCUAUCCUCGAGUGGCACAUCCUCCAUCACCAACAUUAACUGCACAGAGAUUGUUAAGGGAGCAGCAGGAUGAUGAGUAUCUUGCAGCCCUCCAAGCUGAUCGAGAAAAAGAGUUGAAGGCUGUGGAGGAGGCUGAGGUCCGUAGAUUGGAAGAAGCUGCUGCAAGAGAAGCUGCUAUUGAAAAGCAAAAGCAAGAGAACGACGAAAAGCUGAGGAAACAACUUGAGGAAGAGGAGUUGGAGUCCAUGCUUGCAGCCAAGCGAGCAUCAUUACCAAAGGAGCCACUGCUGAAUGCUGAAGGAGCAGUCACAGUUGUAGUCCGCAUGCCUGAUGGUAGUCGCCAGGGAAGGCGCUUUUUGAAAUCUGACCAGCUUCAGGUUCUUUUUGAUUUCAUAGACAUCAGCAGGACAUUCAAGCCAGGAAGCUACAGACUGGUGAGGUCUUACCCCAGGCGUGUGUUCACGGACGAGGAGUGUCAGAUGUCGCUGAGUGACCUUGGUCUCACCAGCAAACAGGAGGCCCUGUUUCUAGAAAAAAUCUCGGGAUAGAGGAAAACUACCUAGUGGUACCACUUCUUUUUUUAGACUUCUGUCUGGCGUAUGUUGAUGAAAAAUUUAGUACUAGUAAGGCAUGGCAGGAACGUUAUUAGUGUCGGAAAAAAGAUACUCGUUAUCAUCCCUUGUUUUCAUGGAACGGUGGCAGUUAGUCUAUCUCGGACCCACUUUAGGCUUGCAGUCAGAAUCAGAAUUAUAAUGUAUAUACACUACUACUGUUGCGGUGAUUCAUCAGUCCUACAAUGUUCGAAACGGUAUGCAUGUGUGUUGGUUUGCCUUAUCUGUAUUUCAAGUUCCCAGCAUCAUUUAAGGUGCUUAACUGGUU